AUGGGUAUCACCGACAUUUUCUCUACUAAAGCCGACUUAAGCGCCAUGACGGAGAAUCUGCGAGAGGGCACGUUUGUUUCUGACGUCAUUCGUAAAGCAUUCGUUGAAGUCAAUGAGGAAGACACGGAGGCUGCCGCUGCCACGGCUGUUAUGAUGAGGUUGAUGUGCAUGCCAAAGGAACCAAUGGUGUUUAAGGCGGACCACCCUUCUUGUUCCACAUCAGAGAAAAUUCUACUGGAACUGUCUUGUUCAUUGGACGCUUCACCAAACCACAUUUAUAACCGUACAUAUUAUACUUUUCAAGUGGACAAAGGCUAG